AUGGCCAAUACCAUCGAAACAUUGAACGCAUUGGAUACAGUGGACCCGGCAUUAAGUUACUCAAAUGUUCCGGUCCCGUCCUACCCGGUCCCUGUUCCUUCCACGGCUGCGCGGUCCAAAGUGGUCAAGCGCAGCCGAAUUUCACUUGCCUGCACGUCCUGCAGAAAUCGGAAGUCAAAGUGUGACGGCCAGCGGCCGAGAUGUCUCUCCUGUAUCCAACUUCACCUGCCCUGUGAAUACCAGCAACCGCCUCAGCCAAGUAACAGAAACCCACGCUGUCAGAGCAAGGUUCAGCUGCUUGCAAAGGUCAAGGAACUCGAGUCCAGAUUGAACUCGACGCCGGCAGACUCACCUUCGAGAUCCUCUCCUGGGAAUGUGUCGGCUUCGGCGCCGGAUGGUGAUGACCAUCCCACCACAUCACCGCUAAUUUCAGAUCUUCCCGCCCCGGAUUCCACGCGGCCGAGGACAUCUGCGACGAUCGACCUCCAUGAAGAAACCACGGUUGAUGUCCUUGCCACAGUGGCAUUCAAUCAGGAAUCAGAAUCCAAUAUUGGACACUUUGGCCCUUCCUCCAACCACGUGCUCUUCCGUUCGACAUCUGAUGCUUUUGCUCGCAUCGUCAGCCUUGCUUCGUCCAAUCGACCAACCUUGAAGGCCACCAGAUCUUCCGAGAGGCAGCGACAGGAGGGGUCGUCGCAACAGUCUGGACGGCAAACCCAUCCGAGGGAUAUCGAUGUCACAGCCUUGCCACGCGACCCCGAAGCAUCGGCCUUCAUCGACCACUUCUUCGCCUCAGUCGGAGCAUUUUUACCCUUUGUCAGCAAAUCGGCCCUGGUCGCCGACUACCAUCGCUUGCGAGAUGAAAAGGCCCCGCCACGGUUGGGGGCCCGACGCGCUCUGUUGAAUAGUGUCUUUGCCCUGGCAUCAGCAUCACUGGGUGAAGAAGAUUCCAGUGUCUUCAAUGGUCGUGCUCUUGCUUCCUUGAAUGAGCGACAACUUCGAGGGACCAGUGUCGAAUUAGUCCAGGCCUUGCUGUUGAUCGCCACGUAUCAGCAGAAUCAUCAGUUAUCGAUCACCAGUUGGACAUAUCACGCCCUCGCGGUGAAGGCGGCCUUUCAACUGGGAUUGCAUUCCCCACUGGGAUACAAAGAGUACGGGCUGCAGGAAAGCGAGAUGAGAAAGAGGUUGUGGUACAGUUUGAUCCAUCAGGACCGGGUGCUUGGGAUGUGUUUGGGGCGCCCUUGUCUGAUCUCCCCGCAAUAUAUUCGCACCCAGAAGCCUCUGGAUCCCCAAUCCGUCUACCGAAGCAUGCCGGUGGUGGCCCCAAACUAUGUCGAUAGUAUCAUCUAUCAUAACCGCCAAACUUCAUUAUAUGAGAUCGUGGGCUCCAUCCUCCAUCACCUGUACAAUGACAACGUUGAGUCCGACGAGCCCACACGAAUCCAAGAUAUCAUCGCCCAAAGACUUUCACUCCAAUGGGAGUUGGAUGGAUGGCGCCAACAUGCCGAUCCCUCGUGUCAAGUCAUCUCCGGCUCCGAGUUGGACUGGGGGUCGCCUUCAUUUCCCAGCGAUAAUUUUCGAUUUCGGCUCGUUCUUUCUGCUCAUUACUAUCGUGCUGUGAUGCUCAUCAACGCUCCAGUCAUCAUUCACGUCCUGAGCGAGACGGUCCACACUCAAAGACCGAAGCAGGACUCUGAUCUCGUCUCAGAGCAUGUUGUGGUCAUCGUCAGACAUGACUUCAAGGUGGUUCGAGAGCUUCAUCAGAUCAUCCAAACCAUGAGCACGUAUGAUGAAAGGUUUCUCGACCAGAGUAAUGCUUGGUGGUUGUGCAACUACACCAGUCAGUAUCCCAAGGACCUCGAGACUCAAACUCUAGCUUUUUUGAGUGCUGAUAUGUAUAUGUAUCUCGUAGUACUGACCGUCAACAUGCAUUUCUUUGGUAUCCUCCUCCUCUGUCACCUCGACAACACCCUCUGGUCGUCGGCCGGGAUCUCCAGGGCCGAGGUCCGCCAGUGUCUCAACCAAGGAAUCACCACCAUGAAGUCGAUCCAACGGACCAGCUUGAUGGCUCGCAAAGCCCGACAUUGUCUUGUGGGAUUUCUGGAGGUAUUCGAUUCUCUCGUCCCGGAACAGGAAACUACUCCGGCCAGCCUCGCCAAUCAAUCCGCCACUGAGGACAUAUUAUCCUCGGCAGGGCCGACAGUGGGGCUUGAGACCAACAAUUUCUCUCAGUGCGUCACUCAAGCGGCCAACAACUUCCUUUGGCAAUACAGUCAAAGCAACUUUCUCGGCGACCAUCUCGCUUUGUUUGGCGAGGAUAUAACAUAA